AUGACCAUCAACGUCGACUUCACCAAGGGCGAGGUCAACUCGUUCGUGCCCUCGGGCGGCGCCCCGACCUACGGGCCCGACGGCGUGUCCUUCACCGUCGCCCGGCCCGGCGACGCGCCCCAGCUCGCCAGCGUCUUCUACAUCAUGUUCGGCCGCGUCGAGAUGACCAUGAAGUGCGCCCCGGGGGCCGGGAUCGUCAGCUCCCUCGUCCUGCAGUCCGACGACCUCGACGAGGUCGACAUCGAGUGGCUCGGCGCCGACGCGGGCGAGAUGCAGACCAACUACUUCGGCAAGGGCCAGACGGGCUCGUACAACCGCGGCCAGUUCAACCCGGCGCCCAACAACCAGGCCCAGUUCACAAAGUACACCAUCGACUGGACGGCCGACCGCAUCGUCUGGUCCGUCGGCGAGACGGUCGUGCGCGAGCUCAAGUUCGCCGACGCCCAGGGCCAGUACCCGCAGACGCCCAUGCAGGUGAAAUUCGGCGCCUGGUCCGGCGGCGACCCGUCCAACCCGCCGGGCACCAUCGACUGGGCCCGGGGCCCGACCGACUACAGCAAGGGCCCCUUCAGCAUGACGGUCAAGUCGGUCGUCGUGUCGGACUACUCGACGGGCAAGCAGUACAAGUACGGCGACCAGUCGGGCACGUGGCAGUCCAUCGUGGCCGUCGACGGCCAGGUCAACGGCAACAAGGGGAAGGCGGCGCAGCAGACCGUCACCGCGACCGCCGCCGCCGCCACGUCCCUGUCGCCCUCGGUGCCCGCCGGCGGCAUCGGCAGGGGCGGCGGCUCCGCCACCACGACGACGCAGACCGGCUGGCCGUGGGUGGCGACGGCGUCGUCGGGCGCCAACUCGAUCCCCAGCGGCUGGGUCAUGACCCCGAGCGGCAAGAUCGUGCCGGCCAGCUCGACUGUUGACCUCCCCACCCCGCCCUCCUCGCAGGGCCCAUCGCCCUCUGCCUCCUCGCAGCCCGGCUCGGGCGCUGGUAGCGGCGCCGGUAGCGGCGGCCAAGGCGGCCAGGUCACCGUCACCGCCUUCGACGGCAAGGGCUUCCCGACCACCAUGACCGUGCCCGCGGGCUGGACCACCCUGCCCAAGAGCUACGACGGCAAGGGCUUCCUCGUCGCGCCCCCGGCCGCCACCGCCGCGCCGCCCAUGCCCGACGCCGGCGUCGGCGGCCUGGCCGUCAAGGCCGACGCCAAGAGCGGGAGUAGCUCCGCUGCUGCUGCUGCUGCCGCCGCUCGCGUCUCUGGGCUGGCGCUGGCUGCGGCCGCUGGCGUGCUGGGUCUGUAUAUUCUUGUGUGA